AAGAAGCGAUCUCUCAAGAGAAAGAAAAUGCAUGACUAAAGCGUGGUCACUAAGCUAAGUCUAAGAGAAAUAAGAGAAACAAAAAGAAGAAGAAAAAGACUGAAACUAAUUCCUCUCUCGGUACUCAGCCAACGAGUUUUCACGGUGUGUUUAUGAUCCUGACUAAGCUGGAUUCAAUAAAUCCAUCAGUAUGAGAAAGCCACUUGUGUCUGUUGGUACCGGGAGGAAUUACAGUGAAAACUCGGACUGAUCUGCACGCGGGUGGAGGCGAGGCGGCAUGAUCAAAGGAGCAGCAGUCUUGCCACAGCGUGAUCGACACGUGCACAGAGCGGGGAGCGCGCACGGGACCAAAGCACACGAUUUGAAGAGCAACACUUUAAGAUAAGGCCAUAAGAUGUGUCGACACUCAUAAGUUAAGUGUUUGUCUAAACAAGGAAAGCAAAACACAAGUUCAAGGUUGAUUAAUCAAACUGUGAAAAGUGAAAGUAACGUUUUGCUAUUCCUAGUUUUUGUUUAUUAAGCCACAGUGUAAGUUCUAAAGCACCUAAGUUUAAGCAUCAGUACUUUUGUUUUAUUGGGCUAUUUGUAACAGUAAUGUGAAUUCUGUAUUUCAUGUGAACAGUUUAAAUGUGAAUAACUCUUAUUUGAAUACGUUUAAGUUGAGAGUAAUUUAAGUUACAUUCAUAUUACUGCAUUAAGAUUCAGUGUUACAUUUUUAUUUUAUUCUGCCUUUAUAUUUUAACUGCCUGUAGUACUGCGGUGACUUUUAGUUAACGUAAACGUUUUGCUGUUUAGUGACAAGUGACAAGACGUUAAAAUGACUGAUCCAAAUACACCACUAAUUAGUGCAGAACCCCAGAGGGAGUCUGAAGAAACCCAAUGUACUGAUCUUAGUGAGCAGCAAGAAUCAGUACAACUAAGAAGUCAGAGAGUGAAAACACUCACAGAAAAGGGAAGAGAAAUGCAGGAUGAGAGGAUUAAAGGACUCCAGCAAAGAUUUAACUACAACUAUGAAAAGUGGAGAACACGUGCAAAAGCAUCCAAGCUACCCCUCUCUCAAACAGGACCCUUGAAUAAAGACAUACUUGAAGAUAUUAUUGGUGAUGUUAGAGGUCUUUGUGCAGAUGUCACAAAAGUUUAUGAAGAGUUACGUAAGCUCACCCCACCGGAUCAGGAGUCACGUCGCAGAGUAGAUCUGUGUGUGGAGAUCUCAGGUUUCCUCAUGAAUAAAGCAACCAGUCGAGUGGAAGGAAAAGAGGAACAAGAUUGGCCGGAAGCAGGCUCCCUCUUUCAAACUGCAAGCAGUAAGUUAAGCUCCUUCAACACCACUAAGAACUCAUCUGAGCAUUCACAUAGAUCCUCUAUAAAACGUCAAGAAGCCGCAGCAGAAGCAGCAGCGAGUCAAGCUGUUCUAAAAAUAUUAGAAGAACAAGAAAUGGAACAGCAAGAGAUAGAAAGACUAGAAGCUGAAGUCAGGAAAAAAGCAGUAGAACAAGAAACAUUGAUUAGACAAAAGCGCUUAGAAAGAGAGGCAGAAGAAAUUAGACUAAGAAUGAAGAGAGAAGCAGAUGAAGUAAAGUUUAAGGCUCAACAAGAAGCAGAGUAUGCAGCUCUGCAGAGAACACUUGAUGAAAAUAAAAGAAAAGUACUGCACCUGGAAAGGUCAAAGAUCUAAAGGCAGCACAAGCAAGGAUGCAGGUUUAUGACCAAAUGAGUGCAGUAGAAGCACAAAAGAUCGAUGUAACAAAGAUUAACACAGAAAUGAAAGACGCUGAACAUGUAAGCUUCCCAUCUCUGUUUGAACAAGUCAUACCCCAAGCUGCAGCCACUCCUAUAAGUGAUAGUACAUCAGAUCUUGUUAAAGUGCUACCAAGUGCACUAAGUGCUAGCCGUAUCCCUGUUCCGGAACCUACUGUGUUUUCUGGGGAUCCCUUAAGUUACAGUAACUGGAAACUGUCAUUUCAAACGCUGAUAGACCAAAAAAAUAUCCCGGACACGGAGAAAAUAUUCUACCUUCGGAGAUAUGUGAGUGGACCGGCUAAGAGAGCGGUUGAAGGAUACUUCCUGCUUGGAACUGAAUCUGCAUAUGCUGCUGCAUGGAAGUUUCUGGAUAAAAGAUAUGGAAAUCCAUUCACAAUCGCAAAAGCCUUUAUAGACAAACUGCAUGCAUGGCCCAAAAUGACCUCAAGGGAACGUUUCGAACUAAGAGACUUUGCAGAUUUCUUGAGCAGUUGUGAAGCUGCUACAGCUCACAUCAAGUCCUUAGAGAUCUUGAAUGACUGCAAUGAGACCCGAAAGAUACUUUCCAAACUUCCAGACUGGCUUGCUGCUAGUUGGAACCGCAAGGUUAUUGAAAUUGAAGAACAAACAAAUCAGUUUCCCACUUUCAGCCAGUUUGUUGAGUUUCUAACGAGAGAAGCUAAGAUUGCCUGUAAUCCUGUUACAUCUUUACAGUCACUAAAACAAUGUGAGCCUAACAAAUCAGACAAACCGAAACUUACAAAACAGAAAGAAAUUGGAGUUAAAACACUGAUGACGACUUCACAAGAAAAGAUACAACUGGUAUGUGUAUUCUGUAAGAAGCCUAAGCACAGUUUACACAAACGCAGAAGUUUUCUGGAAAAGGCUGUGUCAGACAGAGUCAGCUUUAUUAAGUCAGAAAGGCUAUGUUUUGGUUGUCUCAAACCAGGCCAUCAUUUGAAGAAAUGUACCAACCGCAAUAUUUGUGAAAGGUGCAGUAAAGGGCAUCCAACUUGUCUUCAUGAAGAUAGUUAAAGACAAAGGAGAACAAAGGCAACCACUAGCUAAUCAAAAUCCAAGCAACGAAAGGUCAAGUCAAAGCCACCGAGCUCAAGAACAAGUUACAGCCAUGGCUACGACUAACCGAGUCGCAAGUCAAGAA